AUGGGUGUCAGGAGGAGGAGAGUCCACAGGUGCAGUCGGAGGAGAGAGUACAGUGCAGACGGGGGUGAGAGGAGAGACGUUUACAAGGUGCAGUCGGGGGAGGAGAGUACACAGGUGCAGAGGGGGAGAGAGUACCAGGUGAAGACGGAGGAGAAGAGAGUACUCAGGUGCAGACGGAGGAGAAGAGGUGUCAGGAGUGUGGAGGGAGAGUCCACAGGAGCAGAGGGGAGAGAGUACACAGGUGCAGGACGGGGGGAGAGGGUACACUGGUUUGCAGACGGUGGGGAGAGAGGUACACAGGUGCAGACGGGGCGAGAGAUUACUAGGAGCAGUUCGGAAGGAGUAGAGUCACAGGUCUGCAGACGGGAGGAGAGAUGGCGUGCAGGAGGAGAGAGUCCACAGGUGCAGGACGGGAGGAGAGAGUACACAGGUGCAGAGGGGGAAGAGAGAGUACACUGGUGCAGACGGUGGGGGAGAGAGAAGAGAGUACACAGGUGUGACGGGGGCGAGGCGAGUACACAGGUGCAGACGGAGGAGAGAGUACACGGUGCAGACGGAGGAGAGAGGUGUCAGGAGGGAGUGGAGGCACAGGUGCAGACGUGGAGGGGGAGGAGAGAUACAACAGUGCCAGUCGGGGGAGAGGAAGAGAGUACACAGGUGCUGACGGGGGGAGAGAGAGAGUACACGGUGCAGACGAGGUGGGAGAGCGUACACAGGUGCAGACGGAGGAGAGAGUACAAGGUGCAGAGGAGGAGGAGAGGGUGUAAGGAGGAUGAGAGUCCUAGGGUGCAGACGGGGAGGAGGAGAGUACACAGGUUGCAGGACGGGGGGAGAGAGUACACAGGUGAGGAGGGGUGGAGAGAGUACACAGGUGUGCAGACGGGGGAGAGAGUACACAGGUGCAGACGGAGGUGA